AAUCACUGACUUACGAAUGUUUCCACUUGUAUACCCAAAUACAUGCGUGUUAGUUAUUGCACCUCUAAUUAAUAUUAUGACUGAACAGUGUACUAAAUUAACAAAGCUCGGUUUUAAGGCAACAUACAUUGGAAGAGAUUCUGUGGAGAACACUGAAAUAGAACGUGGAUCAUAUGACUUUGUGUAUGGAAGUCCAGAGAUGCUCCUAGCCAGUAAUAAGUGGCGUGAGAUGUUGAAAUCAACAAUUUACCAAGAAAAAUUAAAGCUGAUCGCAGUAGACGAGGCGCAUACAGUUUUACAAUGGGGUGAAGGUUCUGAUCAAGAGGAACCAUUUAGGGAAUGGUUUUCACAGAUUGGACAGUUGAGGUCAUUAUGCCCUGAAGUACCACUUGUUGCUCUAACAGCAACUUCAGGGCCCUCAAAUAGGAGAAAGAUAAUGAAGAUGUUGUUUUUUCGUGCAGGAUGUGAAGUUAUCACAGAGAGCCCCGACCGACAAAACAUUAAGAUAUCAUCUCUUCAAAUACCAAAUAAUGACAAUAUUAAGUCUACAUUCAUGUGGUUGCUGAAUGACUUUAAAAAAUUGAAAGAAAAGCUUCCAAGACACAUUAUAUUUUGUGAAACAAUAUCCACAGUUUCUAAAGUGUAUGCUACUUUUUACAAGUUCUUCAAUAAAAAUAAAGAACACUUUGAAAUGUAUCACAGUAAAACACCAGACACCAAAAAAGAUGAAAUCCGAGUGGAUAUGGCUAAAGAUGGACGUAUUCGAAUACUAAUCUGCACAAAUUCUGCAGGAAUGGGUGUGAACUUUCAUGGGACAAAUAACAUCAUACAUUAUGGAUUGCCUAGGGAAAUGGACACAUUUGUACAACAGAUGGGACGCGGAGGACGGGAUGGAUCAUUAGCCAAUGAACUUGUCCUUUACAAGGCACAUAAAGGUCACUUGAAAAAUGUGGAGUCUGAACCUUGUGAAAUUAUGUAAAGAUAAUGCAGAAUGUAGACGCAAGUUAUUAUGUGAAGGAUAUGUUCAUAAAGCAGCAAUCAUAAUUCCAUUACACAACUGUUGUGAUAUUUGUGAGCGAAAUUGUGAAUGCGGUCAUACAGAAUGCCCAAGAACACACCCUGCAUUCGACCAACAUUUCGAGGAUGCUGAUUCAGAUGAAGAAGAGAUGAAAAGGAACACCAAUGAAAGUGAGAAAUCACUGUUGCGUCAUAAACUCAAUCUGCUUAAAUAUGAGCUUUCAGAUUUUCAUUCAACACCGAUGAUAACAGAUGUGAUCUGUGGACUGACAGAUGAGGUGAUUGACAACAUUGUGAAAUAUUGUGACACAUUAUUUAGUCCCGAUGAUGUCAUGCGAAAAUUUCCCAUAUGGAACUAUGACAUUGCAAUUAAAAUAUGUUCAAUUAUAUCAGAUGUCUUCGGGGAUACAGAUAUGUAUACAAUUGAUGAAAGUGAGGAUGAUUUUUAACAUGUUGCAAAAAUGGGAAAGUGUACUUCCUAUAUUUUUUAAAUUUGUUACAUGAAUUGUUCUUGUUGAUUAUUUGAUUUUCUAUAAUACCUUUGAAAUAAAUUUGUCACUUUCAGUGAUUUGAUUUUAUUAAUGGUCUUCGCAUAAGAACAUGAAAUGCAGAUACCAAAACUA